UUGAGGAUAAAAACAACAGUGGGCGCAUGCGCGUCACAUCGUUGAUUUGCAGCGGAAAGUUUUCGAAAAUGGUGCAGCAGCUCCCCAAAUACGGACCGAAAGAGAGCCCUUUGCUUAAAGGGGGUCACCGUCCUGCAGUUAAAGCUGGAGGUAAAAGGGUGGUUAAGAAGGGCGUGGAGGAGGGUGCCACCCACGUGACUCCAGAGAAGGACUCAAAAAAGGCCGAUCAUAAACCCAGCAGGUCUCUGGCAACCCCCAACAGGAUGCAACAAGUUGGAAUCCUCCUGACAGGAUCUCUUGACAAGCUGAGCCACAACUUUCCAGAGACGCCAGUGAGUGUGAGACAUAGCAAGAUGUGCCCUGCUGUGGAGAAGCCCCACUGCCCUCGGAGCUUUUUCAUUCAGCAGCCCAGGAAAUGGUGAAGUGGCUUCCAGAAAGGCAAAGACAGCUGUGUGAAAUCAGCUGUGAGAUGCAAACAAAAGCUCUUAAGGGGAACUGUAAUGUUUGCAGGGUAUUGAUGGGGGUGAAGGGAAUUUCUUCAGCAUGUACUUGUGUAAAAGAAGAGAAAAAAAUCUAAAUUGUUUGUUUAUGAUGACUUCUGUCAACAAAUGUUAAUUCUAUUUCCUGCUAUCUAAAUUUAUUUUUGCUAAAUAAAGAUGGUAAAAAAAAUAUGUAAACUUCCAGAGAAUUGCAAAAUAUAAAGCGAGUUAAAGAUUAAUUCCACAAAUCUAUGCAUGUUUUUGUACUGGUUGACAAUGAACAAAAAUAAAGAAAUAAAAAGAAA